CUGCGGGGGCGGAGUCCAAUCUGUCCGGGACAGCGGAGCUACCAGCGCCCUGCGGGUCCACCCAGCGGGAGAGCCCAGGGUGGUAGCAGCGCCUGGACCCCGCGCGCCCUGAGCGUCCUCCAAGGUAAAGCGCACAGUCACCUGAGAUUUAGCUAGCUGACACUGGAUGUCACCAUUGUGCUGUGAAAUGUGGAUGCAGAACAGGCUGUCUAAAAAAAGACAGGAAGCCAGCUCGGGCUCCUGGGCCCGGGUGUACUGACCGCUCCACCACUGGUUCCAAACACCUGGCUGAUUGUCUCUAUGGGGAAGCCUGCUUUGUUGCAAUGGAAACACCCUUGAACUUGGUGUCUGAAAGAUAAAGGUUUGAGUUUCAGCCCUGUUAGUUUUACCGUGAUCUUUGAGCCGGAAUUCACGAUGACGACAGUAGCCGUGACCACAGAGGCCCCCUCAAGGGGUGAGACAGAAGAUAGUUCUUCCCCAUGUGAGUCCUCAUCAGCUCACGUUAUCGAAGAAACCGAGUAUGUGAAAAUGAUUCGAACUACCCUGGAAAAGAUCCGAAAUCAAAUGUUUAAAGAUGAAGCCGGACAUAACAGUACAAAGCACAAACUGGACGCAAAGUGCUGUCGAAACAUUCAAAAUGGCUCUGGCCCUGCUGUGGACCCCUUGUGUUGCAGUCUGAAUCUGCUCAUGGAAAGAAUGAGAGGCAAAGACCUACAGCUCUUAGAAAUGAACAGAGAGAACGAAGUCUUGAAAAUCAAGUUGGAAGCCUCCAGAGAAGCGGGGGCAGCAGUCCUGAGAAACGUGGCCCACAGACUAUUUGAAAUCUACGAAACACAGUCUGAAGAAGUUAAAAAGAAGCAUGAAGACAGUAAACACUCUCUCCAGGUCAACAGACUGGAAAAAGAACAGGAGUUGAAACAACAGCUUGAAAAUCUGAACCAAGCUGCAGAAAAGCUUGAAGAAAAGCAAAAUCAAGUCGCAGCGUUGGAGAACCUUGUCCAGAGAAUGGAAAAGGAAAAGAGCACACUGCUAGAGAGAAAACUGUCUUUGGAAAACCAGCUGCUGCAACUCAAAUCCAGCAAGACAUGCGCUAAAAGUUGCCAGGAUCUUCAGAAGGAGAUCUCCGUUCUCCAGGAGCAGAUCUCGCACCUGCAGUUCGUGAUUCACUCCCAACACCAGCACCUGCGCAGAGUCAUCCAGGAGAUGGAAGGACUAAAAAAUAAUUUAAAAGAGCAAGAUAAAAGAAUUGAAAAUCUGAAAGAAAAAGUUAACAUAUUGGAAGCCCAGAAUAAAGAACUAAAAACCAAAGUGGCACUUUGGUCUGAAACUCCUAGGACAAUGGUGUCUAAGGCCGUGGCUACAAGCGAACUGAAGACUGAAGGCAACACCCCCUACUUCAUGUUGGUUAGGCUACGGAAGUGAGCUGGCUGGCUGAAGAUCGCAUGAGAAAGAACACUACGUGGGUCUUAUUUAUUCCUUUAAACACAGUGGAAACUUGCAUGUUAAAAAUGGCUCAAUGCCAGUAUUUCAUGGAAUUCAUUAUACAUCAAUAGCUUUACAGGAAGAUGACAUUCCAGGAAAUCGAACAAAUAUAUAUUCGAGGGAAGGAAAUCUUUCUUCAAAACUUAAUAAAUGGGUGAAGAAACCAGGUGCCUUAUCAUGAUGAAAGAUGAAUUCUAUUUUUAAGUUUUAAAAAUCUGAACCUUUUUUUGCCUAAGGGAGUGGUUUAAGGUUGUCAACUUUGACCUUUUGAUAGUGUUUUCCAUUUAUUUAAAUAGAAGAAAGAGUUUUUAUGUAUAUGAAUGGAUGUUGUAUUUUAAAGUUGACUUUUGAAUAAUAAAAAUACCUUACCAUGAUUUAAAUUCAUCUUCUGACCAUUGUUAGAGGAACAGUUAUUUUCUAUUGAAGUAUGAGCUGGGAAAGUUCCUUUUUAACUAAUGCACCAACACACACAACCCUCCCAAAUUGAGAAUCAUGGUGAGCUCCCCACACCUGAGGAGUUGGGAUGGCAAGUUGGUUGCUAAAGGCACCCCCCCUCCACACACACACACAUAUAAGUACAAAGGAAUGCACUUUACGACUCAUUUUCUUUUCCAUAGUCAUUAUAUUAUCUAAUGUUGUUAGCUCACACCUCCAUAAAAAUACAUGUAUCAUGAGUUCAAAGAGCAGUGGCUGCUGUCUGCAGCCAGGAAGAAUUGGACUUCAUGAAUUAAAAUCACGUGUCCAGAGCUUUUGUGCUUGAAUUUGGAUAGGUGCUUUCAUUACAGGUGUAGUUUAUGAUUGCUGUCGAGCCAAACUCCGACUUGGAGAACUUGCAGAUAGUGACCCUCAGGAAGACAGAGUGCUCGUUGACUAAAGGAAUAAAGGGAGACCUUAGCCACCCUACAGGCUGAAUUGCUCUAAGCCUUUUGAUCAUCCUCUCUGGUAUAUAACUACAUACAUUUUCUCAGGAAAGAUGCUGAAAUCCUUUCAGUGUGGAAUGUGAAAUACCAGUAUUAUCUAUGAAAUACUUAAGGGUAUGCACAAAUGAGGUGAAGUAGUGGAUUUAUAAAUUUAUCAAAGGAUGGUAACCCUUGAAAUGUUACAUGGCUGUGCACUAGAGAAAUUUACCUGUAACUCAGAGAUUGUGUGGGUUUCUCUGACCCCUCGAUCAUUAUGCUGGAUUAUAGUAAACUCGAGAUUUGUGAAUGAACCCAUCUAACUGAGCUAACGGCCUGGAUGGUUUCCAUUAGAAACCUGUAUUUUAAAGUCAAAAAUGGAAAGACACUGUUAGAUAUUUUUUGGGUUUACCUAUAUUCAUUUUUUAUACAGAAGGACAGUUGGACGGAAUAGAGAUAGGACCUUCUCAGGGAGUAUCCAGGUCCACUUUGGAAGCAAUGGUCAUUGGAUCUUCUGAGUAUGCAAAUAAGCAGUUUCAGGUACCUAAAGAGAUCUGAACUCUUCAAACACAAAAGUAUUAUUUUAGUAGCAUUGGGAUAUUUAUUGGUCAUAUGGAUUACUUUCUGGAGCCUAAUUAUUUCAACUUAUAUCACUUGAAAUACUAUUAAAUAAACAUUUCUGAGUCAUAAAACAAAUGAUUACAGUGAAAAAAUUUCUUAGUCUAAAAUUAGUAGCACACAGGAAAUACACAGAAACACUAGUUCAAUUGAGUCAACAUAAUUGUAAUUAGAGUAACUAAUAUUUGAUAAGAAGGUCUGAGGUGAGCCUUGAAGUGAAUACAUGGAAAUUUAGUUUCACUUUGAUUCCAUGUAGUGUUAUAAUUUAUUAUUAAUAAAUGUUUAAACAAUUGAUACAUCUUUUGAAUAACUGCUUA